AUGGUCUCAUUAAAGUUGCAAAAACGCCUCGCCGCAUCCGUGUUGAAUUGCGGUGCACGCAAGAUCUGGAUGGACCCUAACGAGGUCAACGAGAUCGCAGCUGCAAACUCGCGACAAAACAUCCGUAAACUCGUGAAAGAUGGUUUCGUGAUCCGAAAACCUACGAAGAUUCACUCGCGCGCUCGUACAAAGAGAGAGCAGGCCGCCAAGCGACUAGGCCGACACACCGGUUACGGUAAAAGACGCGGUACUCGCGAGGCCAGACUUCCCACCAAAGUACUUUGGCUUCGUCGCCACCGAGUGCUGCGCAGACUAUUGUCAAAGUACAGAGAUGCGAAGAAAAUCGAUAAGCACAUGUACCACUCCAUGUACCUCAAAUGUAAGGGGAAUGUGUUCAAGAACAAGCGGGUCUUGAUGGAAGCCAUCCACAAGGCCAAGGCAGAGAAGGCCAGAGAGAAGUCCUUAGCCGACCAGUUUGAGGCACGAAGAGCGAAAAACAAGUCUGUUAGAACUCGUAAAAUCGCGAGACGAGAGGAGCGUAUCGCUGCAGGCAUAGCCGGUCUGAACACUGAAAAGUAG